UGCGGAAAGCUUCGUGUGUUUGUUGUGCGGUGUGCCAUUCAAAUGUUGUGCGGUGUUAUGGUAACCCUGUGUAGAAAUCACUCAUUUGGAAGAGUCGGAAUUAUAUUCAUAAAAUAAGUAUCACAAACAUGGUUUUCCCAACUUAAGUUCUCAACCGCGCCUGCUAAUUAAUAAAAUAGCAAAGGAAUACUCAUCAUUUUUUACAACAUACUACUAUUCAUAAAUCAUAGUGACAAUAUUCGAGACUAUUUUUGUUGUUUUUAUACAUCAUAUUGUACAUUUUAAUGGUAUAGUCGACUUGAUAAAAAAAAUGGUAUAGUCGACAUUACUUCCUAAAUAUAUACAUGCCAACAUUUAGUCAUUGUACAAACUAUCUAAAAUUGAAUACGGCACUGAUUUGUUAUAGUCUUAUUGUCUUCUUUAAUCAUGAACCACUUCAGAUAUGAGUGAGAAGAGAGGCAGCUAGCAAAAGUCAGUUUAAUUACUAUAAACCCAAUAAAUAAUAUAAACUAUAGUAUACUUUUUUGUGUCAACCAAAUCUCUUUUAUAGAGAAUGCCCAAUGAACCACUACAAGUGAAGGAUUACAAAGCAAUUCUUCAUCAUUUACAAAAAAAAAUUAAACAGCCUUAGCCCACCUUAUAUAUUGAUUAGCUAAGAGCACCACCAAUGGAAGGUUCUAACUAAGUAUUUAAUAAUAAAAAUUAAAAAACAAAGUAAGAAAUUAAGAGAAAGUAGGAGAUAGAGUAAGAUAAAGUUCUAAAAUUAGAUCUUUUUAGAACUUCAUUAGAACUUCUUUAUCCACUUGGCAAGUUAUGAUUGGAUUCUUUUUAUUUAAGACAAUUAAAAUUAAUAUCAUUUUAUUAAAUUAAAAUAAUAAUAAAAUUUCUUUAGAACCUUAAAAUAAGAAACAUACCAAUGAGGUUGCUCUAAGGAUCUAAUGUGCUACGUCUGAUCUCAGCCACACGUCUUCCACUGCUUCUUCUUAGCUUAACACGCGUCCCCAUCUGUCAAUGUAAGAUGAAGAAAUUUUUUAUGCUCUACCACCAACAACCAUGAUAUGCACAAACGAUGUUGCCGGAUUUAUAAAAUUUCACUUGAUUGAGUGGCUUCCUCUUGAUCGCCCUUGCUUCCCCAUUUCCAACCUUCAUCAGCUUAUGGUAGGAGUGCACCCCCCCCCCCCUUUCUAUGGCGAAUCUCCCGAAGUAACUUUUACUAUCCCACUAAGGAUUGAUACACAAGGCAGGCACAAUAUUACCCUAUCCAAAACAAGAAAAUCCAGUGAAGUGAAAAUGGAAGGACGUGUGUUAUUAACUAGAGAGCCUUCUAUUAGUUCCGAUCCAAAUGACCGGAAACUGAUAAUAUCAACUCGAUCGAAAAGUAUAUAUUUAUGAAAAAUAGUUUCGAUUUGAGGUCGAAGACACAAAACAAAUCCCGAUUUAAACGAAAAAUUAUUCAAACCCAAAACAAAGAGAAAAUAGAAACUCAUGAAGAAUAGCUUUGAUUUUGGUUGAAAAUCACAUAAGUAGGUUUCAUUUAAUAGGAAAAAUUACUAUUUUAUCCAUUUCACUAAUCUCCUAAUUAUAAUAAAAUUAAAAGGUAUAACAAAAAAAAUUGAAUCAGUCAUCGACGCCGUGGUUCGUUGUCAUCAGCUCUGGCGUCACUCUGCUUCGUCGUCCCUCAGCGCUGCUGUCAUCGUUCCUUAGCUUUGCUGUCAUUCUUUAGCUUCGAUAAUCUCCUUCAAAUUCAUCAAAAUUUAGUUAAGAUGGUCUCACUCAUCAGCUCCGUUGUUGUCCAACUUCAAUGAGUAUGUUGUUAUCGUCAUCAUCAAGGUCUCUCAUAUUCAUCGUCCUUUUCUAUUGGGUAUUUUUUUAAAAUUGUUUUGGAAGAUUUUCAAUUAGACUAAUUGUGUUAUUUUUGAUUAACUAACUUGAAUGAGUUUUGUGCUUUUUAUUCAAUUUAGAGUGAUUAUGUUAUUAUGAAAGCUAUUACGAACAGUCUCUCUUUGUAACCAGUGACUUUUGUUUGUUUGUUGUCAAUUGCAUAUGUUUGUUUGUAGAUCAAUAUUCUCUGUUUGUAGCCAAUGAACACUAUCUAGUGAUCUUUGUACCCGAUGAAUUUGUUUAUAAAGCUUAAUUGUAACCAAUUACCUCUGUUUGUUUAUAGACCAAUGUUCUUUGUUUGAUCAAUGUUCUCUGUUUUGUAGACAAUGAACUAUAUUUGGUGACCUCUCUAACUAAUAAAUUUUUUUAUAUUGUUUUGAAUUAAUUUUCAAAUUGAAAAAUUUAGUACAUAUUCAGUAAACCUAUCAUGACCUUUGUUUGUUUGUUGAUCAACGUUUUUUUGGCUCUAGCCAAUAUCUAUGUUUAGACCUCUAUUGUGUGGUUUUUGUAUGGUUUAAUUUUUUUUUGAGACUGUUCAGGAUACAUUUCUUAAAUAUAUACUAAUUUUCAAAAAACAAUUCAAAUCUUGCAGAUUGUUCCUAAUUCAUAUGUCUGUGACAUAUCAACUUCUGACAGGUGAUUCUUACGUUUUCCUGUAAUGAAGAAGAUUAUUCAACUAAAUCUUUUAGAAUAGCCCGUCUUUGAUACGUUCCUUGGAAGAUUAAAAUGCCAAUUUACAAACUAAAAGUAUUUGUUUAUAUAAUAGUACCAUGUAGCGAAUAUUUUGAAGAAUCCGAGGAAAAGUCUAGAUGACCAAAACGAACGUAGCUAUCAAUAGUAAAAAGUCAAAACAAUACAGAAUUUUUGGUACAAGAAAAAACAAUAGUAUAUAAGUUUUAAGGAAUGAAUAUUUGUAACACAUGUUCCAGCGCUCAGUCUUUGAAGAUUGAAAUCAAUAAGCACUCACUUUAUGAUGUUUUGAUCAUUUCCGAAAAUGUAGUAAAUACAUAUAAUUAUAGAUACAUCCAUGAACUUGUAAUGGAUCAAACAAUUCAAAGUUUUAAAAUGAAAAGAAAUGACCAAUUGUUGAUAAAAAAAAAAAGAAAUGACCAAUCACAUAACGUAGUACAAAUAAAAUUGCAACUACUAUGAAAAAUAUAAUUUUACUGUUGACAAAAACCAUCUUUACUGUAUAUAUAUUGAAAAUAAUAAUUAAAUAGUAAAUAUAAAUCAUUCUUUAAAGCAUCUUGUAUAUAUAUAUACUCACAAACCCCAUAACAUCUUCAAUAUACGCCUUCUAUUCCCUUGACAACAUCAAACUUUAAACGGUAAACCCCUAUAAAUCAAGAAAGGAGAAAGAGAAGAAGAAUCAACAAAAAAACAGAAGCAAUGUCUUAUUCUUCCCUCAAAUUGCCAAUCUUUCUCAUUCUCUCAUCUCUUCUCCAUGCCGCUUUAGGGGAAGAAAUCAUUUGCGAGAAUCUGCCCACUAGUAUGUGCGCGUUCUCGAUAUCGGCUUCCGGGAAAAGAUGUUUAUUGGAGACAGCUAACGUCGCCGGAGAAUACACUUGCCGGAAUUCCGCGGUGGAGGUUAAAGGAAUUGUAAACUACGUGGAGAGCGAUGAGUGUGUAGCCGCUUGUGGUGUUGAUCGGAAAACCGUAGGGAUCUCCUCGGACGCAAUGAUGGAGCCAGGCUUCGCCGCUAAGCUUUGCUCUCCGGCUUGUUUGGAUUAUUGCCCUAACAUUCUUGAUCUUUAUUUCAAUCUCGCCGCCGGUGAAGGUGCAUUUUUACCUGAUCUGUGUGAUGCUCAACGGACAAAUCCACACCGUUCGAUGAUGGAAAUGUUCAGUUCCGGCGGGGCUCCUGCGCCUUCUUCUGAGACUGCUCCAGGCCCUGUCUCCGACUCCUCAGCCCCUGCUCUAGCUCCGGCUGCUAUGUAAAAUUAAUGUAAUUAAUUUCACGUGUCAUGUUUAUGUAUAAUAUUUCGAUUGUUGAUCCAUAAUGAAUCAUAUCUCUUUAUAUGAUUUGAUGCUAGCUCAUCAAUUGAUUCAUAUGAGAGAAGAGGAUUCAGAAUGAGUUUGAUUUGUGGUUCUGUUUCGUAACAUUUCCCCAUGUAAUAACACUUUUUGUAAUACCAUUGUUUUCUGUUCGUUAUA